CCCCAGGUCCCGCAAUCCCCUUCCUUCCCUUACCGCCCUUCGCUGAUUCGUCUCACUCUUUCCUUCUCUCCCAAUCACUCUGUGCAUUGUGGGGUGGGGAGAAGGACUGUGUAGCGAUCUCGCUCUGUGUGCAGGAUCGCUCGAGUGAAUGCGUCGAGGUGACGUGAAGCUUGCCAGUGUGUUGCUGAAAUCUGCGCACGAGACAAAGCGAGCGUCAGUGCAAUGUCUCUAUUCAGUGUUGUCUCGGAUCCAGGGGCAUUCAUGGAGCUGUAUCAACCAUUGAAAGUUGAUGGUGUUGAGUUAGUUGUGUUGAUGAGCGUGGUGUUGGGCUAUCUUGGUAUACUAGCGCUCUUGGGCGCUGUCUUGCCGGGGCAAACGAUCGCUGGCACACUCUUAGCGGACAAAACGAGGGUCUAUUAUAAAUGCAAUGGGUUGGCUUCGUUGGUGGUGAUGCUUGCUGGACUUGGUAUCGCAAUCAAAUUUGAUUACAUUUCACCUACCAUUAUUGCAGAUAGAGGGGGGAAAAUGUGCACUGCCACGUUUGUGCUUUGUUUGAUGAUGUCUGUGUGGCUGACCUUGAGGGGAUAUUUCACCAAAGAAAACUCAGAAUCUCUUAAAUCCCACGCGACUGGCAAUAUAAUUGAGGACUGGUGGCUUGGAGUGCAAUUGAACCCAAACUUUCUGGGCCUUGACCUCAAGUUUUUCUGGAUUCGAGCUGGUAUGAUGGGUUGGCUGCUGAUUGAUUUUUCAGUGGCUGCUAAGCAGUACAUAGAACAAGGCUCACUGUCUCCAUCAAUGGCACUCUUUCAAUUAUUCUGCACGUUAUACAUUUUUGAUUAUUUCUGGCAUGAGGAGUACAUGACAUCAACGUGGGACAUCAUAGCUGAAAAUUUCGGAUUUAUGCUCAUCUUUGGAGACUUAGUCUUCAUUCCUUUCACAUUCAGUAUCCAGGCCUGGUGGUUGUUAUCGCACUCCGUGGAUAUUACUCCGACAGCUGCAGCAAUGAACGUCCUGGUCUUCCUUAUUGGAUUUGCAGUGUUCAGGAGUGCAAACACGCAGAAACACAAGUUCAAACAAGACCCAAAGGUUAAAAUAUGGGGCAAACCUGCCAAAGCUAUUGGAGGGCGACUGCUCGUCUCUGGUUGUUGGGGAAUCUCGAGACAUUGCAACUAUCUUGGAGACAUCUUGGUGGCUUUCUCCUUCAGUUUGCCGUGUGGCAUAAGCUCGCCAGUGCCGUAUUUCUAUCCAACAUAUCUGUUCAUCCUUCUACUGUGGAGGGAGCGAAGAGAUGAAGCGAGGUGUUCGACCAAGUAUAAGGAGCUUUGGAAGGAGUAUUGCAAAGCUGUUCCAUGGAGAAUUUUUCCAUACAUAUAUUAGGCAAUCAUCAUCGGUUCUACUCUUCUCUCGUUACAAUCUUUAUCAGGUUUAGUCAACAUGAUAGAAUAUAUCUACCACUUCAAACUCAGAGUUAUCUAUUGAAAUGGAGAAAACAUAUCGUGUGCGAAACUGGUACAUCCUGCGAAAACUCCAAACAAUUAUAGCUUCUUCAACAGUAGAAAGAAUCUUACAAAUGACUAUCCAAUAUUGAUAACCCUUUCAAAACAUUUUGUAGACGAAACUGGUGGUGCAACUCAACCAAAUGUAGGCAGUGAGUUUUCAAAAAUGUGAAUUGAGGUUGUGUUUGUUUCAAUUCAUUAAUUUGUCCCACACUUCACA